CGCUCUAUCGACAAGCAAAAUUCCAUUCCGGAGUAAAAUGCGGCAAUAAAAACCUCUAAGCAACACAGUGUUGAUUGAUUCACGAAUUCCUCUGUUCCUUUUUCCGCAUGGAUUUGUCAAACAGGGAUUUUUUUUUGGAAUUGCGAUGUUUUUCUCCUCCUCUCAGGCCACCGUAGUGAGGAGUGUGGGGUGAGGAUUAGCAAAUGAUUGAUGGGGGCAUUCUCCAACAGGCUCCCUCUCCCGCUUCCCUCGGCGCCCGCCCGACUUUGCUUGCAGGGCGGUUACUAGGCAAGCGGUUUCCUGGACACGGAGGCGUCUGUGCAAAAGCGGGGGUAUGGCUGUUCGGCAGAUAAACUGGCUGCAGAUUGCUAGAGGCUUCAUAAUGGAUUGAGCUACGUUCACCACAAAAUGCAAGUGGACCAUGAAUGAUGGCUUACAUUCAAAUUUAAUUUAUAUGACCUGUGAAAUUUGUGGGAAAAACAAAAGUUCUGAAUAAUUGGAUUACCCUAAGAAAAUGGCCUCCACAGAAAAUCUUCGUGAGAAGAUUAAAAAUAAGCGAAAGGCAUUGCAAGCAUCUCUAAGUGUAAGCAGAGAUGUCAGUGAUACUCAGGGAUUGGUUUCUGCAGAAGUGGAAAAUGGUACAAGAAAUGAAAAUGGUACAUUUGUGGAGGAUAUUCAGAAUGAGGAUGAACAGGUAGAAAACCUCAAGCAAACCAUGAAAGCCCACAGAAGACGAAGAAAAAAGCCUCUCAUGGAUGUUGGUGAUUUAGAUCCUGAAGAAUCUAAAAAGGACAUAAUCAAAAUCACUCGUCGUCAGAGAUCUCUUCCUGCUCCUGCUGUGUCCACCCCAAGUACUAGUUUUGCUGAAUACUCCAUGAGAGAGAAAAUGAGGGAAAAACUGAAAGCAGCCAGGUCUAAAGCUGAGAGUGUCAUCCAGCAAAAGGAAGAAGAUAGAUCUGGAUGUCUGACUGAUCACAGAGAUCAAGCAUUGGUCACUCAAUUUGACACUGAGCCAGACGAAGAGGAUGUGAAGACACCGAGGGGUGCUGAAUCAGCUAUUCCUCCACGGGUUAGGUUUCGUGAGGUAGCAAGUAGAUUGAAGGAGAAACCUAAGGAUGGGUUUCCAUCUGCCGAGGAGGCAUAUAACUUCUUCACCUUCAAUUUUGAUCCUGACCCUGAAGAGUUAGAGGAGGAGACAAAAGUGGAGAAUCAACCAGAAACACUACAUAAAAAAAACCAGGGUGAAGAGGAAGAGUUAGAAGAUGGUGGUGAAGAGUCUGCAGUCAGCAAAGGUGGAGAAAAGGAGGAAGAAGGAAAGGUAUGGCAGAAUUUCAAAGAAAAUACAAAUUAUCUUUUUUUCAUCUCUUAUACUCGAAGACGGUCGUGAUUUCUUGUAGUGAAAGCUCCUGAUUAUGAAGGCUACCACAAUCGACUGCAGAAAGACCGGAAAGUCCUUUUCACCCCCAGUAUUCUGGCAGUGUCUACGUCAGAGAAAGUUCCUGAAAACAUGCAACCAAGAUAUCCCGAAGAUGAAGGUAUAUAUGUUGGCGAAAAACCAAAAGUUUCCAAACCAAACCAGAAUAUUUUUGAGAAUCGGCUACUUAAAAAUGAGGAUGGGAAGAAAUGGUUUGGAAGUGACGGCAGAAUUAUAGCCUUACCUAACCCAAUCAAGCAGUCCAAAACCAGACCUCCUAUAUUCUCUCCCCACGAUGAAGUGGAUCCUACAUUAGAAACUUUAUAUAGAAAGGCUGAGAAGUCCAAGUACAAUAAUCAAUAUAUCACUGGAUCAGCAGAGCUACAAGGACAUUUUCAACUCGACAUUGAUGUUGCCGGUAUUGUAUUCACCCACCACCCUAUGUUCAGCCGUGAGCAUGUAUUGGCAACUAAGCUGAUUCAGCUGUAUGACCAGUAUCAACUUCGACAGCAGAAGAACCUUGCCACUCUUUACGCUGACAAGUUACGUGCUCUAAGGAAUGCAGUGAACAACAUUACCGAUGGCCAAAGUGUGCAGAAUUCACUGGCACAGCACAGACUUGUGGAAUAUAAAUCAGAGAUCCGAGCAACCCGAAGGAUGUGCCACAUGGAACAAGAAAAAGAUCAGACCCUGCUAAAGAAUAUUGUUAAAGUAUGGAAAGACAUAAAGUCACUUAGAGAGUUCCAGAAAUUUACCAACACACCAGUGAAGCUACAUCUUAGAAGACAAGAGGUUAACAGGAAAGCUGAUGAAGUAAGCUAUGAAUGUGAAAUCCAGGCUGAGAUUGCAGAGCUUCUAGAGGACUAUCAAGAAGUCUAUGAGAAUCAGAUGGAAGAAUAUAAAAUAAAGUAUGAGGAAUGGAAAACCUGGAGAAAAGCAAAAAAAGCAAAGAAAAGGAAGAAGAAGAAUGCAGAUGAGCAGCAGACUGAAACAGAGGAGAGUUCGAUGGUUGAAGAACUUUCAAAGCCUGAUCCUCCAGAGCCAGUUGAUCCUUCAGUCAUCGAGCAGCAAGUCCGAGAAAGAGCCACCAGAAUUUAUCGGAAACCAGGAGAACCUAUCCUAUCUCCUGAACUGAGCAUGGCAGCUACUGUAACACCCACCAGCCAGUGCCCAAGAGGAGAGCAACUGCGAAGACAGGAUGUGCAAAGAUGCACACUGUUUGCUAAAGUUCUCUUUAACAACAAAGAGGUAUCCAGGACAAGUAGCCGAGCAUUGGACGCUGAUUUUAGAAUUCAUUUUGGACAGAUCUUCAACAUGCAAAUAGUCAACUGGCCAGAAAGUAUAAAGAUUCAGAUAUUUGAAACUGUGGGAAUAAGUACCACAAAGGUAGAAAUCUUUGUUCCCAUCCCAGAAACCAGCAUCCUCACAGGGAGUGCCCCAGUUGAGGAAAUCGAAUUUAGCAGUGAUCAUCGUGUGAUGUUUGACCAUGAAGGCGUUGGCAGUGGUGUGCCAUUUUCCUUUGAAGCUGACGGAAGCAAUCAGUUGAUCCUGUUGACCUCUGGCAAACUGGCUUGUAGUGUGUCCUGGGCAGUGGGUGAAGAUGGUGUGCCAUUGGUGCCUCCAAUGCUUCAGCAAAAUUAUGGUAUUCUAAGUGCCUUAAAACACUUGGAUGCCAUUUCAUCUAUUGGAGCAACUGGGUUAACAGACACAAAGAAACUGGCUAAAUGGGCAGCAGAGUCGAGGCUUGAUCCCAAUGAUCCCAGCAAUGCAGCUCUGAUGCAACUAAUAAUGUCUGCAAGAAAUGGUGAGGAACAGGAUAAAGAUUACUUCAGACUUGAGCACCUGCAGGAAGAAUUUAACUUUGUUUCAGAAGAAGAUUUGAACAAAUCCAGGAGAUUUCGACUGCUGCAGCUUCGAAAUGAAGGGGUGACAGAAUUCCUUAAUUAUAAACAAAUUCCCAUUCAGGAUUCUCAGAUUUCUGAGAAGAUUUUCCAGGAAUACAAGAAGAAGCAAUGUGAAAGAGAGACAGUUGAUGUGACAAGCCACCUCGAUGUCCAUAGAGCAAAGGUAGCAGAAUACUUGCAAAAGGUGCGGAAUUCUGUAGCAAGUAGAUUUCUGCUGGCGAAGCAUCGUUAUACCUUGUCACAUAUGGUUAUUGAGGAAGCGGUUCCAAGCAUAAGUGUGUUAGGUGUCAGUCUGUUCAAACUGGCUGAACCAAGAAGGCCACUUAGACCACGAAGAAGAGAAAGAAAGAAGGUCACUGCACAGAACCUUUCUGACGGCGAUAUUAAGCUUCUGGUGAACAUUAUCAGAGCCUAUGACAUACCAUUACGUAAAUCCAUGGGAAGUAAACCAGCACUAACUUCCAGAUCGGCUAGAUCUAUUAAUGAAACAUUUUCAAGCUCUCAGCCACCCCAGACAUCCUCUCAAAGCCCUGAGUGGUUUACUGACCAGGUCACAGUGCAUCCUUUUGUGGAGGUUUCAUUCCAACGUACAGUUCGUCGAACUGCUACUCUAGAUGGUCCAAACCCUAACUGGAAUGAAGAACUGGAACUUCCAUUCAGAGCACCAAACGGGGAUUAUAGUACUCCCAGUCUGCAGUCUGAUACAGAUGAAGUUUUUAUCAAUGUUUUUGAUGAAGUUGUUUAUGAUGUACUAGAGGAUGAAAGAGAACGUGGAAGUGGAGUUCACACCCGUAUUGAGAGACACUGGUUGGGUACUGUCCAUAUUCCAUUUGCUACCAUCUACUCCCAGUCCCGGAUUGAUGGAACCUUCAGAAUUAAUACACCCCCGGUACUUCUAGGGUACAGCAAAGAGCGUAAUCUAGCCAGUGAAAGAGGAUGGGAGGCAGUUCGGAGUUUAAGUGAAGGGUCUUAUUUGUCACUCUUCAUUACCAUUGAGCCUCAUCUUGUACCUGGAGAAGCUGUAAUUGAAAAGUUUGAGACACAGGAGGAUGAGAAACUUCUGGAAAGGGCAGACAAGUUCCAGAAGGAAGUCACAAAGAAGUUCCCAAAUCGUCGAUGUAUUACAACUGUUACUGAUCUCACUGGCAAGAUGGUUUUUGUUACGAGGUUCAUUAAACCAUUAUUUCCACCCCAGGAGCUGCUGGAUGUGUUUCCUCAUAAUCCUGAGGCCACAAUAGAGCUGGUGGCUCGUUAUGUUUCUCUGGUCCCCUUCCUACCGGACAGUAUAUCCUUUGCUGGUGUCUGUGACCUCUGGUGCACUUCAGAUCAAUUCCUGAGCUUGCUUGCUGGUGAUGAGGAGGAACAUGCAGUUCUUCUCUGUAACUAUUUCCUUGCACUGGGAAAGAAAGCUUGGCUGUUGAUAGGGACAGCCAUUCCAGAGGGUCCAACGGCGUAUGUUCUGACCUUUGACCAGAACCAAUAUGUAAUCUGGAACUCUACUACUGGACAUUACUACGGACAAUUUGAUGCAUUCUGUCCUUUACAGAGUGUCACCUGCUUGAUUAGUGCCGACAAUAUCUGGUUCAAUAUGCAGAAAUAUGAAACGGUUACAAGAAUAAAUUUUGAUACUAGCAAGUCAAACAUGUGGAAGCCAUUUUUUUCGCGAAGCUUUCCCUUCCCAGGCUUAUCAAGUGUUCAGCCAGAAGAGUUGGUGUAUCACCAUACUGACAAGGUUGCUGCAGUAGAACUUCAGGACAAGAUUGAAAAGAUCCUGAAAGAGAAGAUCAUGGAGUGGAGACCAAGACAUCCAACACGCUGGAACAGAUACUGUACUUCUACUCUACGGCAUUUCCUGCCUAAACUUGAGCUUAGUCAAGGGGGAGAGGUUGGAGAUGACCAUUGUGCAGAACUGCAGAAUCUAUUGGGAGAUUACAGGAUUUCUGGGUUCCCUAUUAACAUGUCUUUCUCUGAACUGAAGCCGAUUAUUGAGGCAGUACACAGCACUGGCGUCCAUAAUACGGAGAUACCUCUCGCAGAGUUUGCUUUGGCUGUGUACAUUCACCCAUAUCCCAACAACGUUCUGUCGGUCUGGAUUUACGUGGCAUCCCUGGUCCGCAACAGAUGACGUACACAAUGAGUUGUAAUCUUUGUCAUCCUGACCUUCACGGGAAAGCAUACUGUUAUCAUUGUGCCUUCCCUCACUGAUUCCAACAGUAUUUCUUUAUUUGCUUUCAGUAUAAUGCAAAUCAGAUGUAAUACCAUAUGGAAAACAAUACUUGUGUUUUAUCAUAUUUAAUUUUUUAUCGACUCUAUCUUAAUACAUGCAUAUUUCUUGCACUUUCAUAAAAAAAUGUGGCUUUGCACAUGAAAACUGACAAGUCUUUCCACAUAAUGCAAACAACCCUGAUUCUUUCCCCUAUCUUGCUUUAUGGUGAACUUGUUACGUGAAACAGAUAUAAUUUUAGAUCUAAUUGAGAACAACAAUAUUGAUGUGGUUUACAUCAGAGUACAGGUACUUCUACUCGGAGAAAAAAAAACAGAGAAUCAUGGAAGUAAAUACAGUUAAUGUUUCAGGCCAAUGAAUUGUCAUCUGAAGUCAUUGAAGAUUAUAAUAUGCCCAGUCAGAAGGUGAGAUCCUAUUUCCACAGGCUUGCAUUAUGUUUCCUUUGUAAAUGUAAGAGGCCAGAUACAGAGUCGGAGUAUUAAGCUGUUUGUUGCUGCCCGCUACUUGCAUUGAACUAUGGUGUUGCAUUAAUCACAGUAUAUAUUUUGUAUGCAAGUCAGUUUAUUUUAUAAGGUAAUUUAUUUGUACAGUUGUAGUUGAAAUUGUAAUCUUAGUCAUCAAUUUGGAAUUUUUUACUUUCAUUAUAGUAUAUUGCACACGUUUAAAGCUUAAACUCAGUCUCAUUGCUUUCUGCUUUUGUAUUUCUCUUACCUUACGCUCACUGUGCAAUAUUUUAAAAUGAUUUUGAUUUUGAUUCCUAAAUGCAUCUGAGGACCACUGAUUUUAAAAAAACCUUAAAACAUAGUGAAUACUAGAAAGUAUUAGUAGUAUUAAAGUACUAUUUUUGCAUACUAGAAAGUCGAGGCAAGAGCAGAAAACGGAUGACCUGGCCUGAGUAUUACUAGGAACUGAUCUUUCUGAAAUAGAUGACAGAACUUAAAGUUUCAAUUACAUGCACAAUCGACAAUCUGUGUUUAAUGCUACACCUACUUUGGCAAAAUUGAGUUAACAUCCAAAUUUGCACUAAAUUUCAUGUACAUAAAUUCAACCACAAAAUUGGCAGUGAAUCAACAUACUUGGGCAGCAAGACCAGUUGCAAUCAGUCCCAGUCUGGAAUGGGACUUCUGUCAUUGGACUUUAAAAAAAAAUACAAAAAUUUCUUCCAGUAUUUACUGCAGCUGAAUAAAUAAGUUAAUCUGUAGUGACAGUUUACUACUUUCCAAGGACAAAUCUAUUAGCACAGUCUGAAGUCACUUUAACUGUGUUUAAAGUAUUACAGAGACUAAUAUGGGAAACAGAUCUAAUGUGGUUUCAGUGGACUAUUAGUUGAUGCAACUGCUAGCAAUUAUGAAUUCAUGUAACUGCAGGAUAAUCUUAGCAACUCCCAAAAUGGGUGCAGUGAUGAGAACCUUCAGGCGUGCAAAUAUGAUCGUGGACAGAAAUUGUCUUGGCCAAUAUAAAAUUAAGUGGAAAUCAAUUUAGGGUUAAAAUUGCCAAUAUUUAAAAGUGGUUUAGUGUAAUGAUAUCCAGAUUCUGUUGUUAUUAUUUGUACAGAUACCUUGUGGAAAAUCUGGGCCACUAUAUUACGUCUUGUUGUUUGUAUCGGUUAAUAGUGGUUACUUUAACACACAGGCUGUGACUUAGUUUGUAGGAUUUGAUAACUUAAAUUAUUUUGUUUAUAUAUUGUAAAUAUUACAGAACUGAUACCUUGCAUUCAGAUAAUAUUUUAUAAAGAUGAACAAUUAACAGUUCAAUAUUUAAGUGAUAAUAAGAAUGAUGGUGUUGAUGGGGAUUCAUUCUCAGGUCAGAUCUUUCUACUAGAAGAAACAAAUCUAACGAUACAUACACAUAUUGUAGAUGAACUUUACUUUAAGUUCUGCAGUAAAACACAAGAUGCAAAUGAAGAUAAAAACUGCAACUCAAAAAAAAAGGCAUUUACACCAAAUGGAUCAUGUUUGAUAUUUAUCUUCAGCUUGAGCAUAGGCUGUAAUCCCAUGUUUAAUUUUUUCCACAUUCCUUUUAUCCUCCUUUUAACCGAAUAACUAUAGGUUCCCAUAUAUUAACAUGGCUUCCUCUUGAGUUAUGGCACUGAUAGCAUAGCCACAGCCUCAGCCUCGGGGGGUGGGGGGGGGGUGGGCUGAAGCAUGGGAAAUGUCUCUUGUUUUCCAACUUAAUUCUCUUGUGAAAUUUUAUAUCAGCCUACUCUACACUCUACUAUUGGAAUUCCUCUAUCCACUCUUGCCAUCCACCUCCAAACUUUAAACAUCUCGAUGAAACAUGUUGAUCUAAUGAAAACAACCUCAGCUAAUAUUUCUGUAUGUCAGGCUAUCUGUGAUUUAUGUUGUUCUUCAAUAUCAUUCCUAACAUGUGGUGAACAGGUACUCCCAGCAGCAGAAUAAUGAAGAUUUUACAUGAAGUCACAGAUUUUAUAUUCAAUACAUUCACCUUGUUACAUUUCCAUUGUCUAUUUCAGAUACUAAAAUUUAUGAUUUUUUGUAUAAUGACUUUAUAGUUGUAUAUGAUUUUAUCCACUUUUGUACUUUUCUACAAAAAAAAACUCAUACGGCUCUUGUAAAGGAAACUAUUUAUCACUUUUUAUAUUAUCUAUUGCCAAAUUUGUUUGCAAAUAUAUAUUGCUUGAAUUAUUUUUGAGUGUGCAUCCAUU